GUACCCCUCAGAUCCUUAUGCUUCUUAAUUAAUUAAUGUCUCUAGCGAUGGCUUCCGAUGCUAAGUUCUCAACUUGCACAGCAUGGUUCUGUAUCGUCUCCUUUGCUUGUUUAGCUUCUGCUCAGCUCUCUCCGUCAUUUUAUGAGACAUCAUGCCCUGGAGCUCUCUAUACGAUCCACGCUGCCGUCAGGGCCGCAGUGGCGAAGGAGCGACGCAUGGGAGCAUCGCUGCUCCGUCUCCACUUCCACUAUGUCUUGGGUGGACCUUCAUGGACUGUGCAACUUGGAAGGAGGGAUGCAACAACUGCAAGUUUCAGCGCUGCCAACAACGAUAUUCCUUCACCCACAUCAGACCUCAGCGCUCUGAUAUCAGCCUUCUCAAAGAAGGGGCUCAGUACAACCGACCUGGUAGCUCUCUCAGGUGCACACACCAUAGGCCAGGCAAGAUGCACCACAUUCCGAGCACGAAUCUACAACGAGAGCAACAUCGACUCAUCCCUCGCGAGCUCUCUGCAAUCGAACUGCCCAAGCUCAGGCAGCGACGACAACUUGAGCCCUCUUGAUGCCGUAUCUCCCAAUUUCUUUGAUAAUGCCUAUUACAGGGAUUUGGUUAACAAUAAGGGGCUUCUCCAUUCAGAUCAACAGUUGUUCAGUGGAGGCUCUGUGGAUUCUCAGACGAAAUCCUAUUCGACGAACUUUCCAAAGUUUUACAGUGAUUUUGCUAGCGCAAUGGUUAAUAUGGGGAACAUAAGUCCUCUUACUGGUAGUAAUGGAGAGAUCAGGAUCAACUGUAGGAAGACAAACUGA